AUGCGUUCAAUACGUAUAUGCGUCUUGGGUGCGGGCGCAGUAGGAAAGAGUUCAAUAACUGUACGAUUCGUACAUGGAUCGUUUUAUGAGAAUUACGACCCAACAAUAGAGGAUAGCUUCACUAAACUUGCGGAAAUUGACGGAAAAACGCAUAGAUUGCAGAUUACAGAUACAGCGGGUGUAGAGCAAAUGAUGACACUCAGGGAGUCAGUUAUUAGAGAGAGUCACGCGUUUCUGUUAGUAUUCGCAUUAGACAAUCCUUCAACCUUUAAUGAUCUGCUACCAAUCGUUGAGGAUAUAAAGAGAAUAAAAGAUACAGAUGGUAUUAGACGUAUACCAGUAUUAUUAUGUGGGAAUAAAGUUGAUUUAGGUUUUGAGCGCGUAUUCCCAAGUAAUUUUCAACCUUCUGGAGUAUUUAAAGGCGUUAAAUACUUAGAAACAUCAGCUAAACUCAAAAUCGGUAUUGAAGAAGCGUUUUUAGAUCUCGCUAAGAUCUACAUGGACCAGCGAAGAGUAAGGAGGGAAAGGCAUAAGCAACUACACCGUCAUGAUAAAAGAGAUAAAUGUGUAUUAAUGUAAUUUGUAAAAUUUAUUUGACGC